GCUUUGGCUUCAAAAGUCCACAGCGCCUCUUUCACCAAAACUCCAUGAAACUGCCCCCGACAGCUCUAUCGUCCGGAAGCGAUUGCAAAGUGUAUACCAGGUGCCAAAGUGUUGAGCCCAGUAUUUGAUAGAAUACUGCUAUAGUCAAGAUGAAAGUGUGGGAAGAAGACGAAGUGUUGGAAGCACUCAUGGCGGCGCGGGCAGCGACGGAAGAAUCCGGCCCAUCGACGGUUUCCUUUCUGCUACUGUUGGCUCGCAAAUACCAACGAAAACACUACGAAUUUGUCUACUAUCCCGCUGGCACGUACGAACGCAUCGAGGAGCUGUUUGAUGCGACGGCGGUCGUGCUGGAAGAUGGGACCAUCACGAGUAGUGACGAUGGCGAAAGCGAUGAUGCCAUGGUGUGGAUUGGUCAUCCGUCAUCAGAUGAAGAAGACGACGAUGACGACGACAAUAACAGUCCAUUCGAGUCGUUUUAUUGUGGCAAGGCCAUUUUCCAUACGGCCAGUGGCGAGCCGCUCAUGAAACUGGAAGGAUCACCGGGAUGGCGGGAAGCGCUUCAGCAGAAAUACCAUGCUUUGGAUGCCAAGAGUCGCGCCGCCACAGAGACAGAAGAAGAACAACGAAAGCGCAAUCGUACGGCCGCCAAGGCCGUUGCCGCAGCAGCUCUGGGAACUGGUGUCGCCACGGGAGGCACGUCCUUGGCCGCGGGUGCCAUGGGCUAUACGGCGUCGGGAAUUGCGGCCAAUUCCGUCGCUGCCACCAUCAUGUCGGCCGAAGCUGUGGCUAGUGGAGGUGGUGUGGCAGCUGGUGGAUUUACGGCCACUAUGCAAACCAUUGGGGCGGUCGGUGUCAUGGCCAGUCCGGUGGGUGUGACACUGGCGGCUGGAGGAGCCAUUGUAGGUUUGGGCGGUUAUUACUGGAUGCACAGAAGAAAUCGACGGAGACGAGAAGAACAAAAGGCCAAGGAAUUGGCAGAAAAUGGAGGUCAAUCCAACAAGAUGGACGAGGCAGCAUCAGAAGAAGAAGAAGACGAAGAGGAAAUGAACCAAUAUCAACCACUGUGCGACGAUGAUACAGAACAUCAUCACGAAGAGAACAACAAGGCAGUGGAGUUUUGGGUCAUGGUGGCAGCCAAGAGAAUAGACAUGGAGGAAUCAGAACACUGCUAUGAUCACGCCGCGUGGGAAGAACAGGUGGAUGCUGACAAAGCAUUCCAAGAAGUCUCGAGCAAUACAUCUGCCAAGGCACUGUUUGAUCCACAUGGUGUUCUCUAUCAAGUGUAUGCGGACCCAGCCGACAAGGAUGGGUGGGAGAUGGCGCUGCGCCUGCAUUAUACAUAUUUGGUAGAGCAUGACAUGAUCCCCACGACACGAGAAAAACAUGGAGAAGGGGCGACCGAAGACACGCCCUUGUUGACACCAGAAGAAUAAAAACUAUGAUGUAAGAAUAAUUAGAGACGAAAAUUUCUAUCCGGUGCC